UAACCAUCAUUGGCGCCGCGAUUGGGCUGAACGCUGCCUUCCUCAGCAUCAUCACCGAGUGGCUAUCUGACAUCAAACUGGGCUACUGCACAACCCACUUCUAUUUGAACGAGGACUUUUGCUGUUGGGGGGACGACAAUGGCUGCGCCGACUGGCACCGGUGGACCGGCCUUGAACCCAUCAACUAUAUCGUGUACAUCAUCUUCGCGGUCCGUCGACGUCCGCCGCUCUCUCGGGGACUUCCGACGCUGACAUUGAUUUCAGACACUGUUCGCCCUCACCGCUGCCACCCUCGUCAAGUCAUACGCUCCAUACGCCGCCGGCUCCGGCAUCUCCGAGAUCAAGUGCAUCAUCGCCGGCUUCGUCAUGAAAGGCUUCCUCGGCUUCUGGACGCUGGUUAUCAAGUCCCUGGCUUUACCCCUUGCCAUCGCGUCUGGGCUCUCUGUUGGGAAAGAAGGGCCCAGCGUUCACUACGCUGUCUGCACCGGCAACGUCAUCUCGAGGCUGUUUGACAAAUACCGGCGGAAUGCUUCCAAAACCCGCGAGGUACUUAGUGCCUGCGCGGCUGCUGGCGUGGCCGUCGCCUUCGGUAGCCCAAUCGGCGGCGUGCUCUUCUCGCUCGAGGAGAUGUCGAGCUAUUUCCCGCUGAAAACACUAUGGCGGAGCUACUUCUGUGCCCUGGUUGCCACAGCCGUCCUGGCCGCCAUGAAUCCCUUCCGCACCGGUCAGCUGGUCAUGUUCCAAGUCAAAUACGACCGGUCGUGGCACUUCUUCGAGGUCCUGUUUUACAUCAUCAUUGGUGUUUUCGGUGGCUUGUACGGCGCCUUCGUCAUGAAAUGGAAUCUGAGAGUGCAAGCGUUCCGAAAGAAAUACCUGGCCAACUACGCUAUCCUCGAGGCGACGCUGCUGGCCGUCGCCACCGCCGUCGUCUGCUAUCCUAACGCUUUCUUGCGAAUCGAAAUGACUGAGAGCAUGAAAGUCCUGUUCCGGGAAUGCGAAGGCGCCGAGGACUAUCAUGGACUUUGCCAACCCGAGCACCGCGUCAGGAAUGUUUUCUCCCUGAUCCUGGCCACGCUCAUUCGGAUAUUCUUCGUCAUAAUAUCCUACGGCUGCAAGGUCCCCGCCGGCAUCUUCGUGCCCUCCAUGGCCAUUGGCGCGUCGUUCGGGCGGACUGUCGGAAUUAUCGUCCAGGUACUGCACGAGGCAAACCCCAAGAGCGUCUUCUUCUCCUCCUGCGCGCCGGACGUUCCCUGCAUCACGCCCGGCACAUACGCCUUCCUUGGCGCGGCAGCGGCCCUGAGCGGCAUCAUGCACAUCACGGUCUCCGUGGUCGUCAUCAUGUUCGAACUGACCGGUGCCCUCACCUAUAUCCUUCCCACGAUGAUCGUAGUUGGCGUCACCAAAGCCGUCAGCGAGCUAUUUGGCAAGGGCGGCAUCGCUGACCGCAUGAUUUGGUUCAGCGGCAUGCCGUACCUCGACAACAAGGAAGAGCACAACUUUGGUGUCCCCGUCUCGCACGCUAUGAUCUCCGACGUCGUCUCGAUCCCAUCCAGCGGCAUGACCCUCAAGGCAGUCGAACGUCUUCUCACUAAAGACAACUACCAAGGCUUCCCGAUCGUUGAAGACGAAACCUCCAAGAUCCUCCUAGGCUACAUAGGCCGCACCGAGCUCCGCUACGCCGUGGACCGUGCCAAGCGCGAGCGCACCCUCAGCCCCCUGGCGAAAUGCACAUUUGCUCCCCCCCGCAAUCCCGGCACGACAGGCACCACCACCGCCGCUACCACGCCGAUUAUUUCUUCUUCCUCCUCAUCCUCCUUCCCGUCAGCCCCGUUAGACUACGCCACCUCCGCCUCCACAACAAUAGACUUCACCCCAUACAUCGACACCACUCCGCUCACGGUCCACCCGCGCCUGCCCCUGGAGACAGUCAUGGAGCUCUUCCGCAAGAUCGGACCCCGCGUCAUUCUCAUCGAGCACCGCGGCCGUCUGACCGGUUUGGUGACAGUCAAAGACUGCCUCAAGUACCAGUUCAAGGCCGAGGCAGCCGAGCACCAGCACUUGCACCCGCACGAGGAGGAUCAGAGGCGCAUGGAGGAGGAGGGCCAGGAGAGAGUGUGGGAGUUGAUGAAGGCUGCGGCCGGGUGGGUGUCAAACGCGGUCGGGAAGGCGAGCGGUGGGAGAAUUAGGCUAAGUGACUCCUGGGAGCGGGAAGCGCAGGGGAUGAUGUCGGGUAGGGAGAGGCUGAGGAGUGGGAGUGGGACUGGGACUAGGCAUGCCGGAAUACUGGACGGGACGGAGGAAGUUGGGGAUGGGGAUGGAGGGUUGGAGUUGGCGAGCCGGUGAACCGAUGUUUCUUUCCUGAUGUAGAAGUCGGGUCAUUAAUGGUUGGAAUUGAAGCAACCGGCAGCUUGUUCGAAAUGUGCUGAGCUUGUACUGUGCUCCUAAAACAAGCAAGGAUGUCCGGACCGCACUACUGGACACAUUGAACGACGCACACAUUUCCGUUCUCCUUCUUUGACAUCACCCCUGCCUCAUAUUGCUGACCUCUCUCCCAAGCCACAUCUGAGUUCACUAUUCA